UUCAUAACAGGUUGUUCUCAAGAAAGAUUUAAAUAUUUAUGAAAAAUGACUAAACAAUUGUUUUAUUAUGAAGAUAGAGAGGUAGGUGUCUCACAUUAAUUUUUAAUCGCAUUUUCAAUGACUUUGUGUUCAGAAUCUGGAUUAUCCACUUUACAGUUACUGGCAGUCAGGCCUUUUGACAGCCUGAAGCUUUAUAAAUUGAUAAGCUACGAUAAUUUUCUUAACAAUUCAAAAUGUGCCACCUUAAAAUCAAUUUACGCCAAUGCUUCUACAUCUUCUUCCUUAUAAGUUCGUCACUUUAUUGGAAAAUAGCAACACCUCUGGCUCUCUGGACCAAAGUUCCACCAAGUAUACAGUAUAUCGAAGAAGGAUCCAACGCCACUAUUGCAUGGGACUAUGACUUGAAUGGCGAAGUGAUUCAGUUUGCUAAAUGGGGGAAAUUGAAAUCCGACAAUGGAUGGGACAAGAGCUUUAUAAUGAGAAGUUUCAACGCAGCAAAAGCGCAAGUUGUUGCCAGCUUUGCUGAUAAAAUCAACUGGAUAGCAAAUGCAACGAUGGUGAUAAUCAAUGUCACGGUACAAGACAGUGGAAUCUAUGGGUGCUCUAUAGAUCUGCUUUCGGGGAGAAACAUUAUAAGCAGCAUGCAACUCAAUGUUUUCCGACUUGCUAAAGCUAGUGAUGCAAACAUGACCAAUCACAUAUCAGUGAAACCAAUAGAAGGCGGCCAUUUGAUACUGCACUUUGAGGCAGUGUCCAAUUAUCCACCAUCUGGUGUCUGGUUUGCCAAAGACAACGAAGUAAAGUAUUUCGCUAACACAAACUCAACACGCGAAAUAAUUGGAACAGAAGGAGCUAGCAAUGUAUACAGGUUUAAGCUGCUCAAGAGCAACAUUCACAGAAAUGACUCUGGUUUGUACCAAGGAUAUGUAACGUUUGGUGGUGCUAAGUACUGGUUCAAAAAUUUCACAGUACUUGUAAGAUACUCGCCUGGUAAUUCAACGGAAUUCAGGACCAGUACAGGAUCUACUAUACUCCUACGUGGAACAACUGCAACAUUGUCAUGCAAGGCUGUCUCGUACCCAGAUCCUCAUUAUGAGAUAACAAAAUCAAUGACGUCAUUGUCAAAUAACUCUAAUGGCAAUUUUUCUCUGCGCAAUAUAGCAACGGAGCACGAAGGGAUGUAUUUUUGUCAUGCAAAGAAUGAAAUUGGUGACGGUGCUGUUCGCUCUCUUAAUGUAGAAGUUGGAGAUGUUCCACAAAUCACAAAUAGUGCAAAGAAACAUCAUUACAUCCCUGUAGGAGAUACAUUGUUAAUAAACUGCACAGCAAUAGCUUGGCCUGUGGCAACAAUGAUGUGGAUCAAAGAUGGUACUCCUAUACACGCAACUAGGAACGUAACAUUGAAUAAAAAGACGACUGUUAGUCGCGUUGAAAUUGUUAACACGACUUUGUCAGAUGCGGGGAACUGGACUUGCAUUUCAGAGAAUAUGUUUGGAAGAGAGCUAGUUCAUCAAAGAAUUGAAAUUAUUUGGAUGGUCGAAAUGGAAAACAAAAGCACACAUUAUUUAACACCUAGAGAAUCUUCUAGCUUCUUCAUUCAAUAUGACGUGAAGUCUAACCUGAGGCCGAAGGUUGUCUGGACACGUGACAGUGUACCCAUCUCAGGUGAAUUCAACGUGACAAUGGAAAUCUUGAAAGAAGAAGCAAAUCUAACACACUAUAGAUUUUCUUUAAUGAAGAACAACGUGCGUCCAACAGACAGUGGUGUUUAUAAUGCCAUCAUUUCAUACGGGGAUCACAAAUACCGCUCAAGAAAUUAUAACAUAUCUGUCGAAGCCAUUCCGAGGAGCGAUGCAAUUAAGAGAGAGAAAGAUGAUGACGCAUGGGUGAUACCACUUAUCAUUGGAUUCGCUGGCUUGAUACUGCUUAUAUUCGCUGUAUUUUGCGGAACAGUUUAUGGUCGAAGAAUCAGAGAUUAUGACCGAGAAAGAACACCCCGAAAUGGCAUGGUACCAAAUGCAGAAGAAACAGGAGCAUUCAGCGCAGUAAGAGUAGCCGACGGCGAUUCUAAAGAGGUGAAAUUUAAGAAGAAAAAUGAUGGUAAUGGGGAAGAGCUCGGACAAACAAAUAAUGGGUUUCACAGGGACAGCAUUUAUCGUUUCACUGUCAAUCCAAUGUUUUCAAGCCCAGAGGCAAGACAAGAAAAUGCAAGAAGUGAAGAUGAGGACGGGCGUUUACCUAUAUCAAAUGCUAUAUAUCUUCCAACAAAUAUGAAUUACGAUACUGACGAAGCAUCAAUAACGCUUGAGAGUGAACUUAGCAGGGAAGAAAAUUACUUGUCUUCACCAGCAGAAACAAACGAUGAGCAGGAGGCUGAUGGACAGGAACCCCGAGAAGAAGCUUCAUUGGAAGACACGACGGAAGAUGAUGAAUUGGCAAACAACGAAACAUGGGAACUGGAACAGUUGGGACUUGAUGACCUUGGAGCUCAGGAUGUAGAGGUGCUUGAGGAAGAAAUACAGGCUCAGGAAAAUGAGGUGGUGGAAGAACAAGACAUUGACCAAGGAAAAGAUGAUACAGACAUGCCUAGUAAAAGCUUCAUCUUGCCACCUAUUGUUAGUCAAAAGCAGGCACCAGAUGAGGUGGCUUAUUCUUUUGAACUCUUUGAUUUUCGAACGAGUGGCUUAUAGGAGAGCGGUCCACACUUAUAGGAGAGCGGAGUAACUGGUCCAAACUUGCAACGUUAGUGUUUAGUGAAGGAAAGCCAGAAUCAGAUGCCCUAAGAAUGGAAGUUGGCAUUGUUUUCUCAGGUUUCAUGAGUGAAAUAGGUAGCUAAGGACGUCAUAGGGGAAUUUAUGAUGAUACAAAGCUUCCAUUCAAACAAGAAAUAUUACUAACUAUCUUCUAGCUUCAAAAUCAAUUCUUAGAUACAUGCAAGCAAAGGUUUCAAAACUCUGUUAUAUUAGAAAAUUGCUCUUAGUAGGUUUUUUAGUUUUGGUAGUGUAACUUGCAAAUUUCGUUCCUAGGUUUCUUAACUUCUCUCAUGUCUAAAGUCCUUAGUAUAAAGCUUUUAAAGUAAAUUAUUUUUAGGGUUUUGGGAAUUUUAAAACAACAUCACGGGAAAGCUGAAGUAGCUAAACAGAAGCAGCAGCUUAAGUUCUCAUUUGCCUCCUAUCCUUUUUAAAAAAAGAGUCACAAAGUGCAAUUUUGCUAGUUAUUUUUCUAAGUCAAAAAUACCAUGCUAUCAUUUCUAACUUAAAACAGUCUCAGCCUCGCUGUAUGUUCACUGGCUGGGUCUGUACUAUGCCUCCUUUUAUCGUGUCCUUAUUAAGUGUGAGGGUAAAAAUUAUAUUGUAUGAAGUUGUCUUUUUACAUCCAUUGGUGUUUCGAGCAAAGAUCCUAAUUUGAAAAUAUAGAGCCAUAGCUGUAAUUUGCACCAAAUAAGAGGUAAUUUUAGCUGUAACUUUUUUAUUUAACUAUAUUUGUGUACCUGUCUUGCACAUUGUUUGUUGUGCGCAAAAAGUUUGGAUAAAAUCCAACAACCUAUAUAUUUAUGUAAAAUUUUCAGGCAGUGUAUGGAUGACUUUUCUAUUUUGAAAUCCUUAACUUCGAAAGGGUUGUGUUAUAGAAAGUUUUAGCGUGUUUAAAACAAUUGCUUAUGACCAAUC